UCUCCUCUUUUCUCUUCUAUUUCUUUCUGUCUCACACGCAGAAUGGCAAAGCUUCUGGCAAUAACCUUGUUGUUAACACUGCUGGCAUCCCUGUUGAAAGCUGAGUCUGAUUCAGGAACAGUUGGUUCUUUUCAGAAAGGAAAAUUUUCCACAACAUAUUAUCAAGUGGAGGAAUCAGACCCUACUUCACCUCCAAAACCUUUGUUAAUUGUUACCCCAAUUAUACAGGGAACGUACCCUGUCGUCUUGUUUCUCCAUGGCACCUGCCUCAGUAAUUCUUUCUACACUGACCUCCUCCAACAUGUAUCCUCGCAUGGAUAUAUAGUUGUUGCUCCUCAGUUGUACUCUUGCUUGAUAAACGGAGUGAUACCUGUGCUUCCAAUAAGUGGACCUGCAGAACUGGAGCUUGCAGCACAAGUUUCAAACUGGUCACCCUCAGGUCUCCAGAUUGUGCUUCCUGAAAAUGUUAAUGGGGACCUAAACAAGCUGUCCGUUAGCGGCCACAGUAGAGGUGGAAAGACAGCGUUUGCACUUGCACUUGGAUAUGCCAACACACCCCUUGAAGUGAAAAUUUCAGCACUAGCAGGCAUAGACCCUGUCGAAGGGGCGAGAGAAAACAGCCCUACUCAGCCAAGGAUUCUCACAUAUGUCCCUCGAUCUCUUAACAUAUCGAUCCCCGUAACAGUUAUUGGUACUGGGUUGGGUAAUCAGCCAGUGUGCUGGCUAGUGUGUCCUGCUUGUGCACCGGAUAAAAUGAAUCAUCAGGAGUUUUUCAAUGAGUGCAAAGCUCCUGCUGGCCAUUUUGUUACUGCAGACUACGGACAUAUGGACAUGUUAAAUGACAAUAUAGACGUAGUAGGGAGAUUGACAAGUUCUUUGUGCAAGAGUAGUAUGAAACCAAAGGAACCCAUGAGAAGAACUGUAGGGGGCAUCGUUGUGGCGUUUUUGAAGGCUUAUUUUGAAGGUGAAAGCAGAGACUACAUGAGCAUCGUGCAAGCACCUUCUGUUGCUCCUGUGAAGCUCGCUCCGGUCCAAUUUACUGAAGAAUAAAAAACCAGGCCCAAGUUCAUCGCCUGUAUAUAUUAAUGCAUGCUUCUCCUCAACUCAAACAUGAAAUUUGUGUUCAUUCUUGUAUCCCUUGUUUGUUUUAAUUACUUGCAUUUCCCAUGGCUGAUGUGUUAUUAAUAGGCUACGGCUGGAUGGCAAAUGGCCUUCCAGAGAUCUCUACUAAAGCACAUCUAGAUCCACCGGCGGUCCAAGAACCUUGUGGAGGUCUUUUGGCCUCAUAUUGUCUAGUUUAUGUCUAUUGUUGAGCAUCCAAGUU